AUGCCUUUUAAAAGGCGACAUGAUAGUGACGAUGAAUCAGCUGUUGUCAAAAAGCUGAACAUUGGGUCCGAAGAACAUUCUUCAGAUCUAGAGUCUGACCUUGAGAAUGCUACCGAAGAACUACAUUUGGGCUAUUUGAAGACAAUCAACAGGUCCAGAUUAGACUUUGAUUUUGAGAAAGUCUGUUGCAUAUCAUUAGCUACUGUCAAUAUCUAUGCUUGUCUUGUUUGUGGCAAAUACUACCAAGGGAGAUCAAAGAGUUCAUGUGCCUUUUCACAUUCACUAGACGAAGACCAUCAUGUCUUCAUCAAUCUGGAUACACUGAAAGUGUACAUUCUUCCCGAAAACCAAGAAGUCAAACUGAGAAGUGAAGUACUAGAGGAUAUUAAAUAUCAGAUCAACCCGACAUUUUCCCCCGAGGACAUCAAAAAUCUACACCAGCUGAAGGAGAUCAGCUUUGAUCUACAGCACAGACCUUAUCGACCCGGUUUUGUAGGGCUGAACAAGAUUGGGGCGAAUGACUACGCCAAUGUCGUCCUACAAAUAGUCAACCAUGUUGAUGCUUUGAGAGAUUUCCUAUUGAAAGGUGAAUUCGAGGAAGAAUUGACAAAGAGAAUUUCGCUGAUGACGCGAAAAUCAUGGUCUUCAAGAUUGUCAAGGCCUCAUCUUUCACCUCAUGAAAUAAUGCAGUAUAUCUCGGACAAGUCAGGCAAAAGGUUCUCAGCAGGAGAGCAGAAGAGUCCAAAAGACUUCCUCGUAUGGAUUUUAACAAAUCUACAUUCGGAGCUGACUCCAAAGGGCAAAACGCGCUCUCUCGUAUCCAAGCUAUUUCAAGGCAAGGUCAAGAUCAUAACGGAAAAAGUUGCUAAUGGGGUUCCAACGGGCUCCAGGUUGGAAUCUUCAACAAAGUACUGGAUACUGACAAUUGAUCCACCGGCAUUCACGUUAUUCAAAGACGGAACGGGAUUGACCCAAAUUCCACAGGUGAAAAUCACACAUCUACUAUCCAAGUAUGAUGGAGAGACGGCCCAGAAGCUGGCUCAUGGGAACAAGAUGUUCAAGCUGAUAACAGUGCCACCCUUUCUCCUUAUCCAUAUUAAUCGUAUGAGUGGAUCUCAUGGCCUGGAAGGUGUUUCGGGAACUUCCCGCAAUCCAACAAUUGUGAAGUUUCCUUUUGAAAACUUGGAUAUGUCGCCGUAUGUUGAAGGUGCAACAGGACCAAUCCAGUAUAAAUUGAUUGGAAACGUGAUACACCAGACCAUUCCUGUGACGAAGAUGGUUGAUGGCACUGAAAUGGCGAUAGACUCUCACGUUUACAAAAUUCACCUAUUGGAUCAAGUCCGCGGGGACUGGUUGGAGAUUCAAGAUUUGAAUGUGAAGCCCGUGGAAAAGGAGCUGCUGUUCAUGCAGGAAACUUAUCUGCAGAUCUGGCAGAAAGUUUUGUAA